UAGCUCGACGUUGGUGCGUGACUUUUCCGCGGAAUCCUUAUCGGAAAUGUUCUCGCUCGCGAGAGUCCGAAAUAGCAGAGCGGAAGGAAGAAACGCCGUUUCCGGUACCACUACGUUCCCCAUGCCGGACCGCGCCGAUCGCGGUGCCGCUGGGUGCCGCGCGGUCCCGUCGUAGUUCGGAUUCCCCGUGUCUGCGCCACUGUUCCCGACAGCUCCGAGAGUCCACGUAAACAGCGCGCCUACGCGAGCCGCGCGCGAUCGGCGUACGUCCUCGCGCGAGGACUCUGAUUCUGCUCGGCCGCUUAUCGCGCGCUUAUCGUCAUCGACCGACCGACCGAUCGACCGCAACUUCCGCGUCAGGAUGUUCAAGAAAUUUAAGGACAAGCUCGCGGAGGAGAUGAAGCAGUCGCCCGCGAGGCUGCAGGCGAGCGUGCAACAACUGGCACAGGCGGUGGUGUCGCCAGCCCUGUCCAACAGCUCCAUUCAGGAAGUGUCAGCAUCGAAUGACAAUUUCAGUCUGACGGAGGAUGGAGACGAAACGCCGAAGAACACUCCAGCGAAGCAUAGUUUUCAAAGCGUUGACCUGAUGUCGCCGUCGCUGAACCGCGUCGAGAUCUCGAGAAGAUCUUCAGUGAGCAGCGUCACCAGCGACGCGUCCUCGUUGUUUCCGAUAUACGAGAGUCCUCCGAAUCUAUAUCAUCUACAGUCGGACAUGGAUCAGUCGGCUAGCGAAGUGGACGAUAACAUCAGUCCACAUCUCGACAAAGUUACGAAGGAUCAGUUGUACUCUGCCUAUCGCAAGGUGCAAGCCAAGUAUGACAAGUAUCGUGGCAGAUACAUGGAUCUGGCCACGCACUAUCGCAUAUUGGACAGAGAGAAGAGCAAGCUGGAGGCUGUAUUGGUGGAGACGCAGGACAAGGUUCUAAGAAGAAUAACCGACCUAAAGGAGCAAUGUCAAUUAGAGCAGCAAGCGAAAGCGCAUUUGGAGGACGUGUUGAGGAACGAUAUAGAGGAGAAGGAUCACAUUAUAAGUACGUUAAAUACAAAGAUAAGAUUGCUGCAAGUGAGCGGACCAACGUUAGAAAAUUCAGUAUCGGAAGACACUCAACGGAAGGAGAGUGAAUCUAAAGUGAACCUAAUCGAUUUGACGAACGAAUCGUCGAAUGACGAAUUUAACGCAUUAGCGACAGAAAAUACUCAGUUAAAGGAUAAGUUGAAAAAACUGGAAAGCCUCGUUCUAAAGUACAAGGAGUCCUUGAAGCGUAACAAGGAGAAUUUUACGGAGGUGAUGAAGGAGAAGACUACUCUGGAGAACGAUUACGAGGCACUAAAGAAUUCUACUGCUGAGAGGAUAAGCGCGACGGAGGGUGAAUUGAGUGCGGCGCGUAUCGAGAUUGAAAAGCUGACCGAACAAAUAGACACUUUGCACAAACGCGAGGAGGAAUCGGCGAUUUCGUUAGCCGAGAAUAAACUUUCCGUGCACCGGGAACUCGAAGGGAAAGAGGAACAGAUCAAGCAACUGCGAAUCGACCUGAAACACGCGAUAGAAGAUAAAGAGAGUUUGAACGAGGCAGUGGCGAGGUACAAGACCGAAUUGAGCGAACUCAAAUCCCUGCGUGCUGAUUCGGGUACAGCUGUGGAUAAAGGCGUGACAGCUCACGACACAUCGAAAGACAAGAUUGAAGCAACGAAAGCUACACAACAAGUGAGGACAAAACAUCGCGAGGAAGUCGAUCGCAGUGAAGAGGCGAGAACAGAGGACGAGAAUAUGUUAGACCAACUAACGCUUCGUUUGAAGGAUAAGGAAGUCGAGUUGCAGGAACUGCAGCAUAAAUUGGACGAAAUGGAGAAACAAAAUGUGGAAUAUAGACACGACAGGGAAACGUUGCAGAGCGAACUACUUGCUUGCAAAGUCACACAUUCGGAUCUGAAAAAGGAGUACGACGCACACAGAAUUAUCGCGGAGGAAAAACGGAAAGACGCCGACUCGUCGAUUGAGAAGCUCCAGGCGACCGUACAAAGCGUCGACAAGGAAUUGGAGAACAUGAGAAACGCAUUGAUCGACAGGGAUCAGGUGUGCGAGAAUUAUAAUAAAAAGGUGCAGCAGUACACAUCCAUGCUCGAAAAAGCCAGGCAUAAAUUGACCGAGCAGGAGGCAGAGAUCAAAUUUCUAAAUGAUAAAUUGGGUGAACUUUCUGGGACGCGAGAAGAAUUGGAGACUAAAAAGACCGAAUUAAGCGCAGUACAAAGAGAGUUCGAGCUUUGCAAAUCUACGAUCGACGACCUUAAAAAUAAGAUCCAGGCAGACAGUUCGGUUAUAAGUUUAUUGAAGAAAGAAAGGAGCGAUUUGAUGAAUCGUCUUAUUUAUUAUAACGAUUGUACACGGCGUUUAAAGCAGGACUGUACAGACGUGAAGAGUGUCAUUGCAGAGGAGUUCUCAAAUCAGAAAGCCAAAAUGUCAGACGUAAACGCGACUCUUGCCGUAUCUUUAGCAAAGCUCGAAAAAGAGAACGCGACACUCAAGUCCGAAGUGGAUGGAUUGCAUUCGAGGAUAAAGGAUUUAGAGCAGCUUACGCUCAAAGAGGCGGAAUCGCAAUCGGAAUUGGCGCAAGUUGCGAGUCACAAAUCCGCAUUAGAAGCGCAAUUGAGAGAGAGUAACGAACGAUUGAAAGAGAUGAUGCUGAAGAGUAACCAAUACGACGAGCUCAAUACGACGAAUAACAAAUUGAUAGCUGAGAUCGAUAAUCUCAAUUUUAAAAUUCACGAUUUGGAAGCGGCGGCGCAUAAUUUAACCCAGUCGCAACAGGAGGUCAAGGCUCUGCGAGAACGGCUGAGGACGUUAGAGAAUCUCGAGUCCGCAAAUCACGCGUUGUCCGUCGAGAUCGAUGACUUAAGGGAGAAACACGCGCAGGCCAGUCAUGCCUUUAAGGAGAUAGAAAAAUUGAGCAUGCAGUUACGCGAGGCAAACACAGUCAUUGACUCGCUAAAAUCAGUGAGCAGCAAUCGGGAUGAGCUGCGAGAAGAACUGCACGCCUUGAGAUCAGAAAUUGCUCGCUUAAAGAGCAAUCUGACUGAAAAGGAGAACGAGAUAAAGACUCGCGAUGAGAAGCUGGCGAGCGAGGAGGAACAUGUCGCGCAUUUAAAAUCUACAUGCGACAGUCAUAUACAGACAAUCGAGGAACACGUGAGGAAGUAUUUAAAUCUGGAGGCGGAGUAUCAAGCGACGAGGGAGAAUCACGCGAAGGAAACGGCGGAAUUGAUGGAGAAUAACAAAGUGUUGCAGGAAACGGUGAAUGUAAAGCUCGUGCAAUUGAAGAAGAUGAAGACUAUCAAAGAGCGGCAAAGCAAAACGAUCGAGGAAACGAAAGCCGAGCUUGACGAAGCGAAGGCUCGGCAGGCGGAAUUGUCCGGCAUGCUGGAGACCUCCGAGAAGCAGAUAGAAUCGUUGAAAUCGGAAAAUUCUCAGCUCGCGACGAUCACCUUGGAGAACAAAGAUCUAAAGGACAAGCAUAACGAUCUCUUGAGCCGUAACCAGAAGCUUUGCGAAAACAACGAGACUCUAAAGCAGAAAGUCGCAGAGUACGAGAAGGAUACCGAAGAAUUCCGAAUAGCAGUCAAGGGUUACGUGGAAUCGUACAACUCUGAAGUGAACAGUCAGACUGUUAAAUGCGUAAACCACGAAAUGCUAAAGUUGAACGUGCAGUUCGAUAAUUUAAUGAAACUUAAAGACGGACAAUUGAAUUCAUUAAAUGAGAGAUUGGCAUUGAGCCAAAAAGAAUUGCAAGAAAUUAAAAAGAAGCUCGAUGAGCGGGAUACCGAGUUGAAUGCAGUUGUGACGAACGGCAACGUUGUGAAGGGGGAGAACGAGCGACUUUGCGCGGAGUUAAAAUCGCUGAGGGAAGCAGUCGAAAGUAUUCAAGAUGAGAAUGCGAAGCUGAAAUUGGAGCUCGGCAAUUUAAUCCAAAAGAAUUCGGAUGUAAAAGCGAUACGUUCGGAGAACGACGCGCUGAUUGCCGAACGGAAAGCUUUAAGUGAUAGAAUUGCCGAGUUGGAAAGUGUAAAUUCCCGUAGCACAGAGUUGCAAAUGCAUGUAAAUAAUUUACAGUCUAAGGUAUCUAGUUUAGAAGCCCUACGAGUGGAAAACGGUAGGCUGCAGUCGGAGAUCGACACUUUGCAGUCCGCGAAGAGUUCGUCAACGGAGUUGGGCGCCUUGAAAGAUUUACUGACCACGAAGGACGCGGAGAUAAGAUUAUUGGAGGACAAAAUAUCCAACAUGUCGCAAGAGAUUGGGAAUUUAAGACGAUUCUCGCACGAAAUCGACGAAAGGAAGAAGGGCGCGGACACGCUAAGAAAUUCGCUCGCACUAUCGGAAGAAAAGAUCGCUAGCCUGCAGUCGGAGAUCAAUUCACUCGUUCAGACGAACGAUGAAUUGCGAAAGGAACUGGAAACCGUCCGCAACAACGCGAAGGGUCGGGUUGACAGCGACAAGUUGCGCGAGGAGAAUAAGAGAUUAGAGGCACAGCUCGACGAGACUUUGAUUACAUUCCAAGCGAAGGAAACGCAGAUGCAACUGGCGAACAACGAACUGAGGUCGCAAACCAAUCAAUUGAGAGAUCAGCUGAAGACCAGCGAGGAGGAACAAGGAAUGAGGCUGAAGCAGCUGGUCAAAGAAUUCCAAGCUCAAUUGCACGACAAGGAAGAAGAACUCCAAGCCGCGUUGGAGAAACGUUUUGAUCGCCAACACAAUUACGAGUCAAAUAUUGUGCAGCAGUACAAGGAACAACUGAAAGAUUGUCAAAUAGAACUGUCAGAGAAGUCCGAGCAGCUCGAAAGUCUCGUUCUUGAGAAAAGAGACGAGGUAGCGGAGAAAGGAAAGGAUAUCGAUCGCUUAGUGGAAACAAUCGCGCAGAUUAAAAAAGAACACGAAGAUGACGUAAAAGAGUUGGAAAAAAAGUGGAAGACCGUAGUACAGCAAAAAAUCGACAAUCUGCAAGCUAAGCACGAGGAGGAAUUGAAUGAGCUGACAAAAGAGUGGCAGAACGAAAGAAAGCCUGAUGCACAAACUGAUGCAGCUUCCAAGGAAUUAGAGAGCACUUCACGCGUGGCGAUGGCCGCGAUACAAACGAGCACAGGCUCGAUUCACACUCUACAGCAGACUUUGGCGUCUCAGAGGCGAGAACUCUCCGAACUCAGAAAGUUGGUGAACUUGCGACACGACACGUUGGAAGAUUCGACGGAGAUCGAAUAUCUCAGAAACAUUCUAUUCGAAUACAUGAUGGGAAGAGAGACGAUGGUACUCGCCAGAGUGAUCGCCGCCGUUGUCAAAUUCGAUCAAGAACAGACCACGAAAAUACUUAAGAAGGAGGAAGACAAGCUAACUCUGCUUGGCUCGCUUGGUCUCUCGUAGUCUGAAAUGUACAACUUUUCUGUAUAGAAGAAUUCUAUAGGCAAUUUUAUGCGUUUCUCUGCCAGACUACCUUACGUUUCUAGGCCGCUCGCGUCCGAGCUUGUAUAUCUUCGGUUACAUAUAUAAUGAAGAAUCCAAGAAUUUGUACAAAUUAGCUAAAAUAUGUAAUAUUUGCAGAUUUUUAUAAAUAUUAAUUUAACAGAAUGUUAUGGUAUGUGAUAAGGAUUAUAAUAUAGAAAUAUAUAUAUAUAUAUAUAUAAUGUAUAAUAGAUAAUGUAUAAAAUGUAUUCUUACCUGUGAUCUUUGUCGCGUAAAAGAUAACCACGUAUGAUGAACACGUGUUGGAAAUAUGUAUCUUUGACGAUAAACGCUUUUUGCAUGACAACGUUUCGCGAGUACAACAAUUAGUCUAAGGACUAAUGUGCAUAUAUAUAAUUGUAAUUAAUAAUAUAUAUUGCUAACGAA